GAAAGAGGAGAGAGAGAGAGAAGAGAGAGAGAGAGAGUCAAUGUUUUGAGUUACCUUUAGGUACUUGCAAGCAAGAGGACCCUCUCUUUGUGUCAGACCCAAAUCUCCAAACCUUUGUUUUGUCCUCUCUCUCUCUCUCUCUCUCUCUCUCUCUCUCUCCUGCGUUAUACAUAUUAACCCCAUAAAAGCCCUAAUACCCAUCUCCCUUUCUCCCCUACUGAGAACUAAACCAUGGCGUCUCCUAUCGAAAACCGAAACACAGUCCCCGGAAAAGACGUAUUUACUCUCCACUUCCUCCACUCCCUCUCCAACCUCAGAACACAAAGACCCUUUUGUCUUAACAACAGGAGCGAGCGCGCGAGCGAGAUCAAGACGGCCGCCUACGCCGCCAUGGCUACAGCCUCCGGAGGGAAGAAUCGGCCGUGGAGCAGAGCCCUCUUAUGGCGGCUCCGUGGCCGAGCCAAAUAUCAUAACAAGAUAUUCGUCAAGGGACUUACCGCCGUGAAGCGGAGAAGGGUUUGCGGCGGCGGAGGAAGACGCCGGCGCCGAUGGCCGAGACAGAGACGGACGCCGGAGGAAGCGACGAAUAAAUUGCGGAGGCUGGUUCCUGGCGGCGAAGGGAUGGAAACGUUGAGUCUGAUGGAGGAGACGGCUCAUUACAUCAAGUGUCUCGCCAUGCAAGUUAAGGUCAUGCAGUGUCUCGUUAACGGCAUGUCUGCAUGAUGGUGAUGAUGUCAUCAUCAUCAUUCAUCACAGUUGACGCAUAUUCAUAUACGUAUAUACAUAUAUCCCCCCAUCUCACGGCGCAUAGAUUCGUAUGCACGUUAUCACGGAAAAUAUUAUGGAGGGGAUGAUAAAAGGACAUAUACAUGGAUACAUGUGUGUGUGUAUAUAUAUAUAUAUAUAUAUGUAAGAUAGGAUGAAAUUAAAAUACGAAACGUGUGGAUAGUCGUACAGCCUUUGGUUGUUUUUUUUUUAAUAAUUUGUAAUGCCAUAGUAUUAUACAUAUAUAUAUAUAUGGGUAUAUUGUUGUGUUGUGUAAAAGGUUAAAACAGUUAGGGUUGGAAGCUUGGCUGAGGAGAGGAUAUCCUCCAAAAUUUCCAUCAUCUUCUGUAUUUGAAACUAUAUCGAAAUUCGUUUUAGAAUUCAGAAUUUUGUAUAUUCAUGCAGAAGGUUUCAUGAUGUUUAUUUAACAUGACA